ACCCACGCUACCGUCCGUCUUCUUACGCCCUGCCUCUCCUCCAUCAACAUCAGUCUCUCCUCGUUUCUUGCCCUUUCCCGCCUUAUUUUCUUGUCAUCCCGCCGUUUUUAAUCCUGUAUUUCUUCCUCUCCUGCACCUCCAUUUCCCUCUCCUUUCCACAACAAUGCCUGCUGCUGAUCAGCAAGAAAUGGUGCCCAGCACAUCGCAUAUGAUGAAGACCACAAAACGCGGCAGGCCUUUUCUAAAGGACACUCUCGACCUCUUCGCAACUCUCAUCGUAUCUUUGCAACUCACAACGCACAAGCAAUAUUUCCGUACUUUCCCCAAUUCCUUCUCAACCGAUGAGGCAGCUCAGAACUUGGCAUCCCUCAAGUUUUCCCAGUCGAACAGAGGGCCGGAUCCCAGAGAUAAAACACGAAUUGUGACGACAACCACCACCACGACUUUCUCCAUGACCCGUGACAUGGCAAAGGCUAUGUGCCAGCAUUUUAUGGAUGCACGUCUCAUCGAAAACGCCGCCGAUCCCCAAUCAAACCUCUUCAAGGAUCGUGGCACAUACGUCCUUACUCCAAAGGGUCUACAUGUCCUUGAACGUUUCAUCACAAAGAACGGAAUCAACUCUGAUCAUCUCCAACCUGUCUUCGUUUCACAACCCAUCUGUAUCAAAUUGCUUCACCUAGAGCGACGGUCUGUCGAUGAUGAAAUCAUCGUAACUCAAUCCGUUAUUACAGCUCUCUUCCGCCGUUUUGUUGGUCGUCAGCCAAAUUACCCAUCAUCUUCGUCAACGCCAUUGGAUACUUUCCAAGAGUAUCACGAACGAUCAAAGGGUGUUCCAUUGAUGGACGUGCAGGAACGUGCGCAGCCCCUUCUGGGGAAGACCGCGGUAACUACUCACAAGUACAGUUUCGCUGCUGUGACUGCUCUGGAAUGGCUCUGCGAUUUCACAUCCGUGGUGGGUCGGGAGGAGGGAGCGGAGAUGGCCGCCCAAUUCGUUCGAUUUGGCCUCAUCACACUGGUCAGUGACAAGAGGAAGAAUAACGAUUCGGCCAUCAUUUUCACGGUUCGUGGAUCCGCACCCGGCGGAAAUUCACCAGUUAGCCAACACGGAGAGUUCCGAUGCACAGCGAAAGCUAUCUAUAGAAUUACCGAUGAAGGCAAACGAGUUGCUCAGUGGGACGGCAAUAGGCCUCGCGAUUCACCGCAAAGUUCAUCGGUGAACCUACAUGCUGAGCGUUCGUCUUUGGAGAACAGCACCGCUGAAGGCUCUGCUCCUUCGACAAGUGGCGAUGCUGCUACCAAUGCUGCGGUAUCAAAGGACGCCAAAAUUCAUCGCCGUAUAUCUAUGGCUGAGAAGCUUAAUGCCAGUUAUGAGGCUGCAGAAAGAAAGGGUACCAAGGAGAGCAAUACCGAUCGUCUCAAUAGCAUUCUAGAAGAGGCACACCUCCGUUCUUUGUUCCGGGAGUUCUUGAAAUCCAACUUCUGCGAGGAGAAUCUGUCGUUUUGGUUGGACGUGGAGGAUUUUAAACGCAAAUUCAACAUAACAUCUAGCGCAAUAGCGUCUACUCCCGGUGUACGUCCAGGCAAUAAAGCAACGCCAGGACAAGCAGCUAUGGAAAGGCAUCACGAAUCAUUGAUUCAAACUGCCUUCCAGAUUUACAACAAAUAUUUGGCGCCAUCGAGUCAAUGUGAACUCAACAUCGACCACGGCCUACGAUACGACCUAGCUGGAUACUUGAACGAUGUCAUGACGGGUAUGACAGGCAAGGUUUUUGAAGGCCAGGUUGAUGCAGGACAAGCUAGCUCCUUCAAUGCCACCCAAUUGCAAAUGAUGAUUCGGCUUUACGAAAGAAUUCAGACUCAUGUUUUCCGCUUGAUGGCUACGGAUUCCGUGCCCAAGUUUAUCAAAACCCCUCAAUUCCUCGAUGCUCGAAGUUAUAUGGGAGAUGCAGACUCGAUGGACUCUGACGUCUUUUUCCUCACCAAACCCCCAGCCCCACCAGGCUUGAACCCGAGCGCAGAAGAGAGCGGAGGCGCAUAUAUGACGAUUUCGCAGCAAGCUAAGGAGAGAGAGCACCGACAACAUAAUAAGGAUACGCCAGGUUCGCCAGAAGCCUCGUGAAUGAUGGGCCUCCUUCUCUGCUCCUUUUUCCAUGAUCCUACGGACUUGCUCUCGCGAUUUUCCCUUUACGUUGGCUUGUUGAUGCAAGACACGACGCUUAAUCACACUCACAUGUUUCUUGCCUGACAUUCACCAACCUUAUGCUCAUCACUUUCUCGUUGUGUUCUUCAACUCGACAUUUCAUAUUCAACCCGGGGGGUUAUCCAUCGUUCAUACUUUUCACCGUAUUACAAUAAUAUUUUUUAUCUUUCAAGGCAUUAUCAGUAUUGUCUUUCGAGUCGGCUUCAGUUGCUUAUAUCACUAUUAAAGUUUUUGCCGACUGGUUUUUUUUCCGUUGUCUAUCCAUCGCAUUACCUACGAUUCCCCCCUCCACAACCCAUUUUACUGGCGGUGUACAAUCUUCAUACAUACAUUAUAUGUAUCGAUACCUACAGUCUUGUCACGUAGGUAAAACUAAUAAUCACUAGCUCCGUAUGUCAAGUUGUAUUUUUGUGUUUGAACUUGAUGAUGUCCGUGCCAUC